GGCUUCUUGACCUUGUUGACCUAGCAGCCUAGUGCCUGGCUGGCUUUGCUGACCACCGCCCCUCGUAGCUCCCUCCGUAGUACGCUGCAGGCUUACGGCAGUCGUAAUCCGUUCACCGACACCAAUCAUACGCCCGUUUUGCUGAGAAACUCCCCGACUCCGAUCCCUUAUUGCCUUUACGUUUUGACUUCCCCGUCUCUCCCCGUCUCACAAUAUCAACUUUACCAUCCAUCUUCUUCUUUUUUUCAUCCCUCAACACCAAUCGUUAUACUCUUCGAAGGUUAAUCCGUCGUCUCCCCCCUCCCUUUUACUCUACUUGCGAAGAAGCACCCGAUUGCCUUGGUCAGGCCCCUUUCCAUUAACGAAUCCUAUCUGGAAAUGUCCACCGCCACCGUUGCUGCCUCCGGGGCCGUCCCCCCUUUUACGGAGAAGAAUUUGGAGAAGAAGCCCAUUAAGUUCUCCAACUUGCUACUCGGCGCCGGCCUCAACUUGUUCGAGGUCACUACGCUCGGCCAGCCCCUGGAGGUCUGCAAGACUCAUCUCGCUGCGAACAGAGGCGAUUCCUUCGCAGCUGCUCUGCGCUCCAUCUGGAACCGUGGCGGUGUCUUUGGAUUCUACCAGGGUCUCAUUCCCUGGGCCUGGAUCGAAGCCUCGACCAAGGGCGCCGUGUUGCUCUUCGUCGCCUCCGAAGCUGAAUACUAUGCCCGAGUCGCAGGCGCUUCGGACUUCGGUAGCGGUAUUAUCGGUGGUGUGACGGGUGGUGUCGCCCAAGCAUACGCCACAAUGGGUUUCUGCACUUGCAUGAAGACGGUCGAGAUCACGCAGCACAAGCUGGCGGCGUCGGGUGUCAAGCCACCGAGCACGUUCCAGACUUUCAUGGGAAUCUACCGCAAGGAGGGUAUCCGGGGUAUCAAUCGCGGUGUCAACGCCGUGGCGAUCCGCCAGAUGACCAACUGGGGUUCGCGCUUCGGUCUGUCGCGUCUGGCAGAACAGGGCAUCCGUCGUAUCACCCACAAGGAGAACGGCGAGAAGCUUAGCGCGCUUGAGAAGAUUACCGCUUCUGCCUUAGGUGGUGGUCUCUCGGCCUGGAACCAGCCGAUCGAGGUCAUUCGCGUGGAAAUGCAGAGCAAGAAGGAAGACCCCAACCGUCCCAAGAAGAUGACGGUCGGAAACACUUUCAAAUACAUCUACGAGACCAACGGUCUCAAGGGCUUGUACCGUGGCGUGAUGCCGCGUAUUGGGUUAGGCGUUUGGCAGACGGUUUGCAUGGUGGCUAUGGGUGAUAUGGCCAAGAGUUACGUUGAAAAGCUGACUGGCGACAAGGUCACUGCUAAGCAUUAGGCGGCGUUUUACACGGAUGGGAUACCUCGUAUGACGAUAGAAUAAGACAAGGGGACUGGAGGCGCCCUCUUGGGUUUUUGCGGUUUUAUUACGUAUAGAGUGUUUUUUUUACGUUCGGCCGGUAUUGUCCGGAUUGACAUUUGUGCCUGGUUGAGUAAUAUCACAGCGGCACCUAGUUUUUAUUACGACCUAUACUAGCGACUCGGUCAUCACAAUACAGAGUGUUGUGGUUUGGGGUCGGUAUAUUUGCACAUGUUAUUCCUGUA